CCCUCGGCCCCCGGCCGGGCGGGUCGCGUCCACGGGGGGCAGCAGCGCCGCCAGCAAGCGGUCCGCCGCCGCCAUGGGCUACACGCGCGACCGCUUCGCGCUCCGGAUGGCGCCCGCGGGAGGCCGCCGCGCCCCCGUCAUCCACCGGGGCUACUAUGUCCGGGCCCAAGCAGUGGAACACUGUGUCCGGGCAUUCCUGCUCAGCACUCAGGGCUGCCCUCUGAGGCAGAUCAUCUCCUUGGGCGCAGGCUUUGACUCCCUCUUCUUCUUCCUCAAGAGCGAGGGGCUUCUGUGCCACACAGUGGUCUUUGAGGUUGAUUUUCCAGAUGUGGCACGCCCUAAAGCAGCCCUCAUCAGAGGAACGGAGGAACUGAUCACCCUGGUGGGGAACGACGCUUCUGCACAGGCUCUGGGAGCGACUGCUUUUUCUGGAGAGGAUUACAGGCUGUUGGGAGUGGACCUCUCUGAGCUGCCGAGGCUGGAAGAAGCCUUGCACAGGGCAGGACUGGACCCCAAAGUCCCCACAAUGCUCCUGGCUGAAGUGGUGCUCACCUACAUGGAGGUGGAGAGGUCAGAUGCCCUGGUCCAGUGGGCCGCUGGACACUUCCUGCAUGCGUGGUUCAUCCUGUAUGAACAGAUCCAUCCCGAAGACCCCUUUGGGAGUGUCAUGCAGAAUCACUUCAGCCGGCUCAACUCCCACCUUCGCUCCCUGGCCCAGUACCCCAACUGUAAGGCCCAGCGGACCCGAUUCCUUCAGAGGGGCUGGACGGAAUGCAGCAUCGUCAACAUGAAUGACUUCUACAGCCAGGUUGUCCUUGGAGAGGAACGGCAGAGGAUCCAAGCCCUGGAGCCUUUUGAUGAGUUUGAGGAAUGGCACCUGAAGUGCUCCCACUAUUUCAUCCUUGUGGCCUCCAAAGGAGAGACACCAUCUCCAAAUCUUCUGUUUCCUGGCCUGGAAGCCUCCCUGACUCACUCUCUGCCAUGUUUUGCUGGGACUCUUGCUGCAUCUGCUUGUGCCCCUGUCUCUGGGCUGAGGCGCUAUGGCCACCGCUCUGUGAUCAUUGCCCCCGACGUGAUCCUGACCACUGGAGGUUUUGGGGACCACGGGGGACGUCACUGCCGCCUGACAGAGCUGCAUGCCUUGAUCAAGCAGAAGGAUGCCUGGCAAGGGAGCAGUGUGACCUUGGCCGAGCCAGGAGAAGCCUGGGACGGCCGGCUCUUCCACUCCUUGACUCUGCUGCAGGCAGGCUGGGCCGUGGUGUUUGGGGGGCGUCGGUCCCCGGUGAGGCCUGCUCUGGAGGUGCGUUGCCUGAGAGUGUUGGAGUCUGCCAGCGCCUCCGCCUCUGGCACUCUUCGUGUGGAGCUGACUCGGCUGCUGCCUGUCGAGGACCUGCCUUUGCCCCGCUGGAGGCACACGGCAACCAAAGUUGUGCAUCAAGGUGAGGCGUACAUGUUUGUCUAUGGGGGCUGUUGCUCCAGGCAGGCUGUGCUGGCGGAUUGGUGCUUCCUGCGCCUGAAGGAGGAGGAGGAGCUCUCUUGCCAGCAGAUCCCUGUGGAUGGACCUGUCCCAGCUGGCCGCCACUCCCACAGCGCCUGUGGCUGGGCAGGUGGGGUGCUCAUUGCGGGGGGCCUGGACGCAGCAGAGCAGCCUCUGGGCACUAUCCUCUUUCUGAGGCCAGCUGGGAAAGGCUUUCAGUGGCACUCAGUGGAGACCCACCCACCAGUCACGCCCAGGUACUCACACACAGCCCAUGUGCAUCGGGGGCGGCUGUUGCUGGUGGGCGGCGUCUGGUUCCAUGCCCCGGCCGUGCCUGGCGUCACUGUGAUAGAUCUGGCAACGGGACUCACGGCAGAGUAUUGCAUUGACACGGCUUCUCUGGAGUGGCCUCUGAUGUUGCACAACCACAGCAGCGUCUUCCUGCCAGAUGAAGAGGAGCUGCUGCUUCUUGGCGGUGGCGGCAACUGCUUCUCCUUUGGGACACAUCUGAACUGCCAUCCUGUCCGCCUGGCCCUGGGUAGUAUUUGGAGUGAGCCGUGAAGCCCUGAGAGGGCCUGAGAGGAUGUGGUCAACAGAAGGGGAAGAGGUUGCCCUGCCCUGGCCUGGUGAGGGCGAAGUGGGGGGGGCAGGGCAAUGCCCACCCACCCUCCGCACGUGGCUGUUGGCUCUUUCUUCCCCAGGGAAGUUGAUGAGCCUCUUGGCCAGGAGGCGUUAUUUGCUCAGAGGUCAAAUGAUGGUGGGAGGGAGGGAAGCAGGGCCAGUGGAGGUUUGGGGCAGCUGUCCUGUGUUCCCAACCAUAGGAAAGGGGCUUCUUAGAUUGGGGAAGAAUUGAUGAAUGAAGGCCAAAGAAUAAAUAAAAUCUGCUCUCCCCAGGGAGCUCGCUUGACGCCUUCCCUGCACAGCUUUAGGUGCCAGGUAAAAACAUUCCUCUAAGGCCUUCUAAACG